AUGGCACUGGCAUGGCAUCAGGUGGAGGGAGCAGCACGGGAGGGGGGUCGGGGCCCCAGCAUAUGGGACGAAUUCUCGCACACACCAGGUGAAUGCAUGCCGCCAGGCAAGACACUGAACGGUGACACAGGAGACGUGGCAUGCGAUCAAUACCACCGAUACAAGGAGGACAUCGCACUGAUGGUGAACAUGGGGAUGAAGGCAUACCGCUUUUCCAUAUCAUGGUCACGCAUCAUGCCCACUGGGCGGGCGCCUGUGAAUCCCGAGGGGGUGGCAUAUUACUCUGCGCUCAUCCAAGCACUGCUGGACCAUGGCAUCACGCCCUACGUGACUCUCUUCCACUGGGACCUACCUCUCGCCCUUGAGAAGGAGUUUGGCGGCUGGAGGAGCCCCGAAAUAGUGCCCUGCUUUCGCACCUAUGCAGACACCUGCUUCACGCUCUUCGGCCGCUCUGCACCGCACUGGAUCACUCUAAACGAGCCGCUCUGCUUCACGCUGUGCGGGUACCAGUGGGGCAUUCACGCCCCUGGGCGCUCCUCCAACCGUGCCAUCUCUCCCCAAGGAGGCAACUCUGCUAGAGAGCCAUAUCUAGUGAUGCACCACUUACUGCUCGCACACGCUGCUGCUGUUGAGGCCUUCCGGCUAAGGUUCAGGUCCCACAGCGGCAUGAGCAUAGGGCUGGCGGUGGACGGGGAGUGGGCGGAGCCUCUCACCUCCUCGCCUGCUGAUGUGCAAGCAGCAGAGAGACGCAUGCAGUUCCAGCUUGCAUGGGUGCUAGACCCGCUCUUUUCAGGCGACUAUCCAGCAGUGAUGAAGCAGAGGGUGGGGGGCCGCUUGCCCUGCUUCACACGGGAGCAGCAGCAGCAGCUCAAGGGGUCGCUGGACUUUGUAGGAGUCAACCACUACACCUCCAAAUUCGUCUCUUGUGCUGCUCCUGCUGAACCUGCCACUCCCGCUCCUGCCGCUGCUCCUUCAGCUGCUGCUGAUGCUGCUGGCAAUACUGUUGUGGAUGACCUCGCGGCCACAGCAGCAGGAGCUGGCAUGGUUGCUGUAGUUCCUCUGCUGCCGCACGAGUCGCCUGCACUUGCUGCAAGCGCGCAGGGCAGGGAGAGUGAGGAGAGCGGGUCUGCUGCUGCAGCGGUAUCUGGGGAGGAUGAGGGUGACCAUUUCAAGGACCAGGGUGUUGAGAUAUUGGCAUCACGAGAUGGCAUCCCCAUUGGAGAGCGGGCAGCCUCUGAAUGGCUCUACAUCGUGCCAUGGGGAUUCACAAAGCUUCUCAACUGGAUCACAGCGCGUUACAACCGCCCUCCCAUCCUAAUCACUGAGAACGGCAUGGACGAUGAUGCUGACGCACUGCCACCGUUGGAUCGCAAUUCACUCUCCCAGCUGCACGUUCGGGGACCUCAGGGGAAUGAUGGAGCUAAGUCUCCCCAGCAGCCGUAUGACUCGCUGCAGCUGCCUGCUGCUCUUGAUGACUGGAAGCGCGUCAGCUUCUAUAACGACUAUCUUGGAGCCGUUGCCGAUGCCAUGAGGGAUGGCGCAGUUGUGAGAGGCUACUUCGCGUGGUCGCUGCUGGACAACUUUGAGUGGGCCAUGGGAUACUCACGCCGCUUUGGCAUUCAUUAUGUGGACUUUGCUCACGGGGGUGCUAGGUUCCCCAAGAGAUCGGCCUUCUGGUGGAGGCACGUGCUGUGUGAACCGGAAGAAACCGGUAUUUCUGCAGAAUAA